CUUGAAUAUGUCAACCAAAAAAUUUUCUAUAGAUAGCCCUUUCUCUAAUUUGGUGCUACUUCAUUAGAUUAGCAAUAAUAACAUCAACAAAACCCGACCCAAUUCCUCUCCACAACCUUUCAAACGAUAUUCAUAACUAAAUGCUAUGAUAGAUAACAGUUAAAUUUUUUUUAACACAAACAAAACAAGGGUCUCCCCCCAUCUACCCACACACCAACCAAAAAGUUUCAAUGAGUACACAUGGUUCUUACAGCAUGAGAUCCAAAGCAUCCUUUGAAAAUGAAACCAAGGCCAAUGUGAAAGAAAGUGCGGGAGGGAGUGGAGGUAAGGUUGGGAAGGUGAUGACUUCCAACAGCAAGGAGAACCUGUUCAUAUGUUUUCUGGUGACACUUUGGUACUCUUCAAACAUUGGUGUGAUCCUUCUGAAUAAGUACCUGCUUUCAAACUAUGGUUUCAAGUUCCCAAUCUUUCUCACAAUGUGUCACAUGUCAGCUUGUGCUGUUCUCAGCUAUGUGUCCAUUGUGUUCUUCAAGGUGGUGCCUCAGCAGAUGAUCAAAUCAAGGUCUCAGUUCAUAAAGAUUGCAACUUUGAGCCUUGUCUUUUGUGGGUCUGUGGUGGGUGGCAACAUCUCCCUCAGGUACCUGGCUGUGUCAUUCAACCAAGCGGUGGGUGCAACCACACCCUUUUUCACUGCUGUGUUUGCCUAUUUGGCUACCCUUAAGAGAGAGGCUUGGGUUACCUAUGCUGCACUUGUCCCUGUUGUUGCUGGGGUUGUCAUUGCAAGUGGGGGUGAGCCAGGAUUUCACUUGUUUGGAUUCAUUAUGUGCCUAAGUGCAACCGCUGCAAGGGCUUUCAAGUCUGUCCUCCAAGGCAUUUUGCUUUCUUCUGAAGGGGAGAAGCUGAACUCAAUGAAUUUGCUCCUCUAUAUGUCUCCAAUUGCUAUCCUAGUUUUGUUACCUGCAGCGCUUAUCAUGGAGCCUAAUGUUGUUGAUGUCACUAUAUCACUUGGAAAGGAACAUAAAUCUAUGUGGCUACUUCUUUUGCUUAACUCAGUCACAGCAUAUGCAGCAAACUUAACAAAUUUCUUGGUGACUAAACAUACUAGUGCUCUUACUCUCCAGGUAUUAGGCAAUGCAAAAGGUGCUGUAGCCGUUGUAAUCUCAAUACUCCUAUUCAGAAAUCCUGUCACUUUUAUUGGCAUGGCUGGCUAUUCGAUUACCGUAAUGGGAGUAGCAGCAUAUGGAGAGACAAAAAGGAGGUUUAGAUGA